AUGAAGCUAGGCGACUGGAACGCGCGCGGAGGGGAGAUCUACGCGAAGGUGUUCGACUCCUGGGCGCGCGAGCUGAAGCAGCUGCCGCGCGUCGAGGCCUCUGUCGAGCGCUGCACCGCCACCGACGCGGGCGAGCUCGUCGCGCGAUGGCGCGUGACCUGGACGCCCGCGUCGCUCCUCUGGCUCGAGAGCCUCGGGGAAGCGAUGGGCUGGGAGCUCGACAGGCGCGACGUCCUGGACAACAUCAGCAAGGUCUCGCAGUUCUCCUGGCGCGCGCUCUUCAAGCUGCUGGGCACUGCGUAUGCCACGGGCAAGCUGCGCGUGCCCAUCGCGGCCGUCACGGGCGCGACGCGGGUCGCGGUGCGCGGCGACGACAGCGCCGUCACGUCCGUGCGCGCCAGCAUCGACCAGGUCGACGCCCUGCUGUCAGGCCGCCUGCGCAACCGCCGCAUCGGCCGCGACCUGCAGGCCUUCCUGGACGUGCUGUGGGUGUCCGGCGUGGGCAUGGAGCAGCUCGAGCCGCUCGACUUCUCGAACGUGCCGGGGAUGGGCCAGUUCGACAUCGACGGGCUCGACGCGCAGCAGCGCGGGCAGGCCAUCGAGGACGUUUCCGCGUUCCUGUUCGUGGCCACCGCGGCGGUCCUCGUGUUCGGGGUCGGGGUCGCGGGGCUGUACCUGCAGCACCUGAGCCAGGAGCGCGCGCUCAACGAGAUCCUCGCAUCAGGGAUGUGA